UGAAAAUGAGUGGACGGGGUAAGACUGGCGGUAAGGCGAGAGCGAAAGCAAAGACUCGUUCGUCGAGGGCGGGACUGCAGUUUCCAGUAGGUCGCGUUCACCGAUUGCUACGUAAAGGAAACUAUGCUGAGCGUGUUGGUGCUGGCGCUCCAGUAUACUUGGCUGCCGUGCUGGAGUAUCUAACUGCUGAGAUUUUGGAGCUGGCUGGUAAUGCGGCCCGCGACAACAAGAAAACUCGCAUCAUUCCCAGACAUUUGCAGCUGGCAGUGCGUAAUGACGAAGAGCUGAACAAACUGCUUGGAGGCGUUACUAUCGCCCAGGGCGGAGUACUGCCCAACAUCCAAGCUGUUCUGCUCCCCAAGAAAACCGAAAAAGCAGUGAAGGCAAAGUAAUUUCUGUUGCUUUCACGAGGACCAUUCUCCCAAAGGCUCUUUUAAGAGCCACUAAAUCUGUAUCAAAUACGCAAAACUACCAUUUCAACCAAUUCGACUUCAUGAUAGUUUGUCUUGUAGUAUAUUCCAGUGUCGGUAUUUCAUUCACGUGUGCCCGGAAAACCAUAUUACAAAACUGUAAUUGUGAUACUGUUUUUAAACUAAUUACAACUGCCUUGGUAACUGGUAAUGGCUCUGCAGGAGGCAAGCGAGGUUUAUCUGGUCGGUCUAUUCGAGGACACCAAUCUGCGUAAUUCACGGGAAAAGAGUGACCAUCAUGCCCAAGGAUAUCCAACUGGACCGCCGCAUCCGGAGAGAGCGCGCUUAAAACCGUUUGCCAGCACGCAAUCCAAACCACAAAGUAUCUUAAGAGCCACUUAAAAUGUGUCUGAGCAAAUCGCAAAACGCUUAUUGCGUGUGUCUGCGUGAUUUGUGUUUAGGAGAGAAUAUCUCACGCUCCAGUGUAGUUCAUGGAAUGACUGGUUAUUCUCUCCUAUCGGUGAGCGUGUAGGUGUCUCGAAAAUUGUAUUUUUUGUUGCGUGGAUUCACUUUAUGUACCCAACUGACUGAAUUAAAAGCAACUCUCCAGUCCCUCGUCAGAAAUGAAAUGACAGUUCAACCCGAUUGAAAUAUGCUAGGAAUAAACUUGAUGGAUACAAUUUCCCUUAUGAGCGAAAGGAAUAUCUAUAGUUAUUUUAGCAACCACCUACAAUAUUCUUGUUAUGGACAUUUUUGACUUCCACCCAGUUUAGUAUUUCAGUGGUCUGAAAUACACGCAUUUGUGGCAGUCAGUAAAUCAGUAGGAAUAUUAGAUGCAUUUCAGUCAUUCUUUGAAGUGGUAGUGAAAAAAGGCCCAAUGGACACCUUUGAAUUUGUAAUUUACUUUAGUGAUAAUGUGAAUUUUGUAACAUUUAAUUU